CUGAAGCUGGACCUGAACCUGGACCUGAACCUGAACCCGAAGCUGUACCUGAACCUGAAGCUGGAGUAGGAGAAAAUAUGGCGACACUGAAAGAGAUCCUCUUCAGUACUUUAGAACAAUUGGGGAAAAAGGACUUUGAAGAAUUCAAGUGGCACCUGCAGCAGAAGGUCCUAGGAUUCAAAGGAAUCCCGGAGAGUCGACUAGAGGAUGCAUUGCGGACGCAAACUGUGGACCAUAUGUUUCUGAACUACUGCAUUAAGACUAUUGAAGUGACCAAAUACGUUUUGAAGAAGAUUAAUCGGAAUGAUCUGGUGGACGAAUUAUCAAAAAUCCCAUCAGAACCGACAGAGAUUCUUACUCAGUGCCAAAGGACGCUCAAAUUAAACCUGGAGAAAAGAAUUGAGAAAAUCAUAAAAACGGGUAAUUCAAGACCUCUAAAUGAAAUCUACACGGAGAUCUACAUCACCAAGGGAGAAACUACAGCUGAGGAGCAUGAGGUCAGACAGAUUGAAACAGCAUCCUGGAAACCAGACAGACCAGAAACAACCAUCAGACAAGAAGAACUCUUUAAAGCCUUACCUGGAAGAGAUGCACCAAUCAGAGUGAUGACAAAGGGAGUGGCUGGCAUCGGGAAAACAGUCUUAACACAGAAGUUCACUCUGGACUGGGCUGAAGGCAAAGCCAACCAGGACAUCCAGUUCACAUUUCCAUUACCUUUCAGAGAGCUGAAUAGGCUGAAGAAAAAUUACAGCUUGGUGGAACUUGUUCAUCACUUCUUCACUGAAACCAGAGACGCAGGAAUCUGCAGGUUUGAUCAGUUCUCGGUUGUGUUCAUCUUUGACGGUCUGGAUGAGUGUCGACUUCCUCUGGACUUCCACAACAAUGAGAUCCUGACUGAUGUCACAGAGUCCACCUCAGUUGAUGUGCUGCUGACAAACCUCAUCAGGGGGAAGCUGCUUCCCUCUGCUCGCCUCUGGAUAACCACACGACCUGCAGCAGCCAAUCAGAUCCCUCCUGAGUGUCUGGACAUGGUGACAGAGGUCCGAGGGUUCACUGGCCCACAGAAGGAGGAGUACUUCAGGAAGAGAUUCAGAGAUAAGAAGCAGGCCGACACCAUCAUCUCCCACAUCAAGACCUCACGAAGCCUGCACAUCAUGUGCCACAUCCCAAUCUUCUGCUGGAUCUCUGCUUCAGUUCUGGAGGACAUGUUGAAAACCAGAGAGGGAGGAGAGCUGCCCAAGACCCUGACUGAGAUGUACAUCCACUUCCUGGUGAUUCUAUGCAAACUGAGGAACGUCAAGUAUGAUGGAAAAAGUGAGACAGAUUCCUGGAGUCCAGAGAGCAGGAAGAUGAUGGAGGCUCUGGGAAAACUGGCUUUUGAGCAGCUGCAGAAAGGCAACCUGAUCUUCUAUGAUCACGACCUGACAGACUGUGACAUCAAUAUCACAGAAGCCUCAGUGUACUCAGGAGUGUUCACACAGGUCUUUAGAGAGGAGAAAGGACUGUACACGGACACGGUGUUCUGCUUCGUCCAUCUGAGCGUUCAGGAGUUUCUGGCUGCUCUUCAUGUCCAUCUGACCUUCAUCAACUCUGGAGUCAACCUUCUGGCAGAAGAACCAACAACCUCCCAGCAUUCUGAAGUCAAACCUACACUAACACAUCUCUACCAGAGUGCUGUGGACAAGGCCUUACAGAGUCCAAACGGACACCUGGACUUGUUCCUUCGUUUCCUCCUGGGUCUUUCACUGCAGACCAAUCAGAAACUCCUACAUGGCCUGCUGAAAGAAACAGGAAGUGACUCAGAGAUCAAUCAGAAAACAGUUGAGUACAUCAAGAAGAAGAUAGAUGAAGAUCUGUCUCCGGAGAGAAGCAUCAACCUGUUCCACUGUCUGAAUGAACUGAAUGAUAGUUCUCUAGAGCAGCGGAUCCAAUACUACCUGUGGUCAGGACGUCUCUCCAGAAAUAAUCUGUCUCCUGCUCAGUGGUCAGCUCUGGUCUUCAUCUUACUGUCAUCAGGAAAAGAUCUGGACGUCUUUGACCUGAAGAAAUACUCUGCUUCAGAGAAGGCUCUUCAGAGGCUGCUGCCUGUGGUCAAAGCCUCCAGGAAAGCUCUGCUGAGUGGCUGUAAACUGUCAGAGAGAAGCUGUGAAGCUCUGUCCUCAGUCCUCAGCUCCCAGUCCUCUAGUCUGAGAGAGCUGGACCUGAGUAACAACAACCUGCAUGAUUCAGGAGUGAAGCGGCUGUCUGCUGGACUGAAGAGUCCACACUGUGAACUGGAGACUCUCAGUCUCUCAGGCUGUAUGGUCACAGAGGAAGGCUGUGUUUCUCUGGCUUUAGCUCUGAGCUCCGACACCUCCCAUCUGAGAGAGCUGGACCUGAGUAAUAACGACCUGCAGGAUUCAGGAGUGACGCGGCUGUGUGCUGGACUGGAGAGUCCUCACUGUGAACUGGAGACUCUCAGUCUCUCAGGCUGUAUGGUUACAGAGGAAGGCUGUGUUUCUCUGGCUUCCGCUCUGAGCUCCAACCCCUCCCAUCUGAGAGAGCUGGACCUGAGUAACAACGACCUGCAGGAUUCAGGAGUGAAGCUGCUGUCUGCUGGACUGGAGAGUCCUCACUGUGAACUGGAGACUCUCAGUCUCUCAGGCUGUAUGGUCACAGAGGAAGGCUGUGUUUCUCUGGCUUCAGCUCUGAGCUCCAACCCCUCCCAUCUGAGAGAGCUGGACCUGAGCUACAAUCAUCCAGGAGACUCAGGAGAGAAGCUGCUGUCUGCUGGACGUGAGGAUUCACUCUGGAGACUGGAGACACUCAGGCUGGACCAUGGUGGAGAGCAGAGGUUACAACCAGGUGUGAGGAAGUAUUCCUGUGAACUCACCCUGGACUCAAACACAGUGAAGAGAUACCUCAUACUGUCUGAGGACAACAGGAAGGAGGAGCAGCCAUAUCCUGAUCAUCCAGAGAGGUUUGAGUACUGGCCUCAGCUGAUGUGCAGAGAAGCUCUGACUGGUCGCUGUUACUGGGAGGUCGAGAGGAGAGGAGAGGUUGAUAUAGCAGUGACUUACAGAGGAAUUAGGAGGAAAGGAGACGGAGGGGAAUGUAGGUUUGGAUGGAAUGAUCAGUCCUGGAGACUGAACUGCUCUGGUAGAGGUUACUCUGUCUGGCACAAUGAGAGAGAAACAAACAUCUCCUCCUCCUCCUCCUCCUCCUCCCCCUUCUUCCCCUCCUCCUCUGGUAGAGUAGCAGUGUAUCUGGAUCAUCCUGCUGGCUCUCUCUCCUUCUACAGAGUCUCCUCUGACACACUGACCCACCUCCACACCUUCAGAACCACAUUCACUGAACCUCUCUACGCUGGGUUUGGGUUCUGGUCAGAUGGCUGCUCAGUGUCUCUGUGUCCUCUGUAGGAGGAGACCACUUCCUGUCCUGGGUUUAAGGGUUGCUGUUUUAAAUCUGGCUCACUGAUUGUGUCUUUACUGUCAGAAGUGUUUUUAUCAGAGAGUCUUUCAUUGGGUGAUGAAUCUCUCCUUAUCAGUUCAGUUAUAAGUUGGACAGAUGAAUCAAAAGGUCAAUGAUUGUUGAUUCUUGAAAAUGCUUUAAGAAACUCAACAGCCUUCAUCUCAGCUCUCCAGAGGGUUUACUUUAUUGAGUUAGCAGCUCAUUCCUUCAAACAGAAACUUCAGAGUGAUUAUAAUGGGAGCAGAUAGAAAGAAAGGUGGGCACACAUGAAUACCGUGAUAUAUAUUUGUACAUAUAUAUUGAAGUAGUACAAUAUAUGACAAGUUUAAUCUGUGGGCCAUAUCUCAUUAUACUGUCUGAAUUAGCUGAGGGCCCAAAGUGUUGUUUAAUGUUUAAUAAAAUGGCGGCUAUGUCAACUGUUGAAGAAAGGAAGAAAAUGGAACAAUGUAUUUUAUUAUAUAAAGCUUAAAUAUGUUAAAAACUGUGUUAAACUCUGAAUGCCAUAGUCAUGUAUCGUAUAGUUUAACGCUUUAGCAAUAUAAACAGGAUGUAUAACAGAAAUCCUUACAUGGGUACUUGUAAAGACCUAUGUAGCAAAGUACGCACUUCCUCUUUCCAGGAGAUGAACAUCUGUUAUGCACUUCCUUGCGGGAAGUGAACAUUUAACCAUAAAGCAACAAAGAAGGACACCUGAUGUGACAAACCACGUGAACAAAGAGGAUAUAAGGAGACUGAAGAACAUUUGAAAUCAGUUCCUCUUGAACUCAGUUCUUCUUGCAGAAGACUGAAGAACCCCCGAUACUAACUAGUAGUGGGGCAAACCUAGACGGAGCAGAUAUCAUCUAUAUCUGAGCUAAACGCAGUUCAUUAUAGUGUGUGGUGUUAUAACUUGUGAAACUUUAAAUAAAACGACCUGUUCACACUUGUGAGAGGAAACUAAA